CUUUUUUUAAACCCCCGUGCACGGGAAACUAGCCGUUGCGGUAUCAUCGACGUCGCCGUCUCUUCCAACGGCUACUUAAAUCGCCUCUUCUUCUUCUUGGAUGUUGUUCGUCUUCUUGUUCUUUCUUUCCCUAAGCCAAAAUGAUGGUGGAAUCCUCUUCACUUCCUCCUCUUCCUCCUCCACUGGCGUCGGCUGCACAGCCCCCGAUCCCCACCCCUCCGGCCACCGACAGGAGGCCCCGCCGGCCCCGUGCUAGGGAGGUCACCUCUCGCUACCUGUCCCCCUCCCCUUCCUCCUCCUCCUGUUCGUCUUCCGAAACCCAACACUUCGCUGCGUCUCCGAGGAAUGUUUGCCCCGCCGUCUCCCUCCUCCCGCUCCUCCCCAAGAAGCCGCAGAAGCAUCACGAACCCCCGGAGGCCGACGAGAAUCAGCCCCUGGCAUCCACCCGGCGCAGCGUGGAGACGCCCCUCCCCGUCUCCACCAAGCCUCCCGCCACCCUCAAGAAGAAGGCCGUCGUCCGGUUGUUCGCGGACAACAAUGCCGCUACCGGUGCAGCGGAGCAGCCACCGCGGCCGGGUGAUACGAAGCGGAGGCCGAGGCCGGGAACCCCGAUGCCGCCCCACCUUGUCGCGGAUGGCACCAGCGUCGGGAGAAGGAACCCCCGCCCUCCCACGCCGGCCCGGGUGAGCCCGUUUCCGUUCGAGGGCAACAGCUACGGUCAUGGAAGCGGCGAUAAUCGGCUCGAGGAGACCUUGUCGGAGAAUUCUUUCUCGGAUUCAGAGACUUGCAGCGUUAGCAGCCAGGGCGGCCUCUGCGACAGCCCACCCCUCCUCCCCCCUGCGUCUUGCAGAUCGAGGCCGGUGGCCGAGGUUCGGUCCUCCAUGCCGGAGGCCGACCUCCUGUCGGCCAGACGCACCACGGAAGCGUGUUCCAGCCGACAAACCGGCGCCGAAGACUCUGCUUGUAGGGCGUCGACCAGCUCGUUCUGCCUCCGAUCCCUAACCCCGGCCAUGUCCUGCCGUCAGCAGCAGCAUCCGCUCAAUUUGAGCAAGUCCGUCAAUAGGCCCCUUUUCUCGUCAAAGCCGCCGCAACCUCCGACUGCUAAAUCCAGCACGGAGGUGAAGAAGGGGAAGAAGGAGUCGAGCCGGAAGGAGGAAGUCCAUGUGCUUAAGCUACUGGACAACCAUUACGUGCAGUGGAGGUUCAUUAACGCCAAAGCACGAGCAGCAAUGGAAGCUCGGAGAAUUGCUGCCGAGAGAUCACUGCACGGGCUUUCGGCGACGAUCGCAGAGCUCCAAAGCUCCGUUACUGAGAAGAAGAUCCAACUCGAACAACUCAAGAGAAGAGAAAGUCUUUCGUCCAUCAUCCGCUGUCAGAUGCUGUAUUUGGAUGAGUGGACUGUUCUUGAAGAUGAAUAUUCAAGUUCUCUUUCAGGAGCAACAAAGGCUCUUAAGGAAGCUUCACUUAGACUCCCAAUUAAUGGGAAUGUGAAGGUUGAUAAUAGAGAACUCAAAGAAGUUCUAGACUAUGCAUUACUAAUGCUGGAAUCACUUUCUCCAUGUGUGGAAAAUUUUCUACCAAAGACAGCAGAUAUUGAUAAUGUAGCUUCAGAUCUCGCAAGUGUAAUCAGUACUCAGAAAACUCUAGUUGAGGAAUGUGGAAAUCUUUUAUCGGAGGCACAUAGGUUGCAGGUGAAGGAAUGCAGCUUGAGAACCCAACUUAUUCAAGUAAAGCAGCACAAUGUAUACUCAAGUACAGUACUUCAGGUCUCUUAAGCAUUCCAACUGUCAGGAAUACCAUAUGUUAUUCUUUCAUUCUUUGAGUUCAUUGAGAUGCCACGGUGUCAAUAAGAACAACCGUCAGAAAGGAGAGAGUUUCCAGUGAAGACAGUGACAUCCAUUCAUUAUGAGGCUAGAUCUAGUAUCUCAACUUUUGUACAUCAAGCAAACAAACAGAGUGGCCUUUUCUUGUAUGGAAACAUUUUUGAAUCAUGGAUGAACAGUUUCAGAAUAAGGUCUUGUGUCUUCUGGUGCUUCAGUUGUUAGUCUGAUUUCUGAAGAGAGUACACGAUUCAUGGAUCUAGGGAAGAAGAAACUUGGUCCCCUUGUUGGCUAAGAUUUAACUUUGAGCUAAGCUAGAAACUACAGGAAACUAGAUUCAGAUUGAUAUUGAUAAAUGCUAUGGAGGGAAAAAUCAUGAAGCCAACUGAAACAAGGUGCCUUUGAUUUGUUUUCAGAAUUGUAUCAAACAUAAUGUAUCAUGCUCAAUGAUAUUUUUCUUUUAACUCAAAACUGGUGUCAAGCCUGCUCAUAAGCUUGGGAAGAUUUCAUCUGUCCUCAAGAAUAUAUGGAGUUUUUACAGCUGCAGAACAUUGCUUAUUUCUAACAGUUUU